GCGCGCGCGGUGGGCGGGAGACGCGCCUCUGAUGCUGCAUCUCGCUUCCCCCCCUCGUAGUCGUUGCUCUGUCUCCGGUGAUACAAGCAGCCAUGGCGACGGUAGUCCAACCGCUCACUCUGGAUCGAGACAUCGCGCGGGCAAUCGAGCUGCUGGAGAAGCUGCAGGAGUCCGGCGACGUUCCGGGCCACAAGCUGCAGUCCCUGAAGAAGGUCCUGCAGAGCGAGUUCUGUACCGCCAUCCGGGAGGUCUACCAGUACAUGCAUGAAACCAUCACAAUCAACGGAUGCCCGGAGUUCCAGGCGCGGGCCACAGCCAAGGCGACGGUGGCGGCGUUCGCGGCCAGCGAGGGCCACUCCCACCCCCGCGUGGUGGAGCUGCCCAAGACGGAGGAGGGCCUGGGCUUCAACGUGAUGGGCGGCAAGGAGCAGAACUCGCCCAUCUACAUCUCCCGCAUCAUCCCAGGGGGCGUGGCCGAGAGGCAGGGCGGGCUCAAGCGCGGCGACCAGCUGCUGUCCGUCAACGGCGUGAGCGUGGAGGGCGAGCAUCACGAGAAGGCGGUGGAGCUGCUGAAGGCGGCGCGCGACAGCGUGAAGCUGGUGGUGCGCUACACGCCCAAGGUGCUGGAGGAGAUGGAGGCGCGCUUCGAGAAGCUCCGCACCGCCCGCCGCCGCCAGCAGCAGCAGCAGAUGCUGCAGCAGCAGCAGCAGCAGCAGCAGACGGGAAACAGCAGCCACGCGCCGUCACAGCAGCAGCAGCAGAACCACGCCUCGUAAGACCGGAGGUUGUUCCAAAAGAAGAAGUGAAGGAGAAGGCGGCGUCCAUCUUGAAAAAAUAAAAUGGCCGACAACAUGAGACGAGAGGAACGACGUGGUCUAGAUGGUCGUCUGCUCUCCUUGCAACAUACCGACAAUACACUACAGAAACUAAAGUAAUAGACCCACCAUGGAUCCUUUUCCCAUUGGGGUCACAGCAGGUAAACACAAGCGUAGCUCGCUAAUCGUUAAUCCUUCUAUUUCUGAAUUCACUGCCUGCCAGAAUUGCUCUCUUCUUGGGGAGAUUAGACCGAUUUCACAGGGUGACAUCGUAGGACUCACACAGGUGUCACUCAUAGCACUUAUCAUGCGUCUACUCCUUGACCUUGACCUUGGGUGUCUUGAAAGGCGCCUCUAAAUUAAAUGUAUUAUUAUUAUUAUUAUUACUCCUUUAUCUACCAGGGCACAGGAAGUAGAAUUACCUUCACUAGUUCAUGGUGCUGUCACAGCUGCGCUGUUGGGUCCAUUAUAAUCAAACCCUUGAGGGUUUUCCCCGCGGUUUUCUCGGAGUGGUGUGACCACUCAAUCUGAAUGACUCUGUUGACUUUGGCCCAAAAGUGGAAUUAAUGACCAUAUGCAUCCAGGUGGCCUAACUUUCCAUGGAUUAAAAUGAGUCGCGGUCAGACGUGGUGCAAUCAGGAGGUGAAAGCACUCAUCGAAAUAUGGUGGAUGACGACAUAUGUUUUUUAAAAUUGUAUAAUUAUUUAGUGACCGAAAGGUUAAAAAAUUUUGAAUUAUUUUUAUUUUUUAAGUUGUUGCAACAAUGAGUGCGCAAUGGGUGGGAAAGUGAUCGUAUUCUCUGAGCCCUGCCCUGGGACAUUAAAGGAAAAUAACCAGAGUUAGUGAUACAUGGGACACCUGUGUUUGUCCUAUGAUGAUAUAAAUGUAAUUAAAACGUUCAAUUCAAUUGUACUUGUAGAGCCCUUAACCACAGGCACAGUCUCAAAGGGCUUCACAGGCCAUACAUUUAUGACACGCCCCUGACCCUAACUCCCCCGGGGCAAGAAAAAACUCUCUUAAUUAUCAAGGAAGAGAUCUGGAGAAGGAACGCUGAGUGGGGGAUCCCUCGUUCCAGGGAUGAUCAGGAAGGCAAUGAGGGCCAUAAUUGACAUACAUUAACACGUACAGGCAAUUUUUUUUUGUUUUUCCCUUUAUGAUGCCUUUAUUAAAAGAGUAUUCAUCAGUAUUCAAGAAGCAUAAUAUCUAUCUAGCUAGAUAGAUGCGUAUCAUAGCUAGCCUGCUGUAUAUCUCAUUCAUUAUCCCCUCAAGUAAUUAUGUGAUGUUCUACAUUUUAAUGUCGGUGAAGGGCGGGUAUUUCUGUCACAUUUUGGCACAGCACCGUCAUAAACAAUAUAUAAUUACUCUGCUGAUGGUUUCGCACCGGAAUCAUUAAAUAGAACAGGUCUAUAAUUAACGAGCUAGACUUUGCUUCUGACUGCUUGAAAAGGGUCCAUGCGUUUGAGCUAAAAACACAAACUGGUGCUUUGACAAAACUAGGUGUGCAUAAAGUGACGAUAGAGUUGAAAGUCAUUUUAAGUUAUGUUUUCCUUUUCUAUAUAUAUUUGACCUUCAGUGAAAAAAGGUGUCCCUCUUUCUUCAGGUUCAACUUCUUGUGUUUGUGGUACUUUCAGUUUUAUUUUCAGUAUGAUUUGCUUUGUUAAUCUUGCUGCUUGCUGACACCUGUUUUUGCUGUGGCCUUGUCUGCCAUUUCCCAUGAAUAUUGUUUCGUACAGUGACACUUCUGAUGUUUUUGCGUUUCAACUGUUUCCCUUCUGUGUCCUCGAAUGAAUACCAAUUAAUUGUAUCUGUGUGUGUGCCCGAGUUUGAGUGCGUGAGUGUGUGUGCACAACAAGCUGUCUGAAAAAUUGUGAUAAAUCCUAUUCUGUACCCAUGUAAUAAUGAUAAUAAUUGUAGCAGAAAUAAUUAUUAUGUAUCGGAAUUAUUUAGAUUUAGCAAUAACACGUAACGUUAAAUUCCACAAUUUCGGUUCAGUAGUGUAGAGGCAUUGGACGAGGUUGACCACUUAAAGGCCAAGUCAACUGGAUCUUAUGCACUGUGUGUCAUGAGACAGCUUUCAAACCUCCUGCCACUCAAACACUGGAUGAUCAAUUCUCAGCCCAGAAGUUUACAUGCACACUCAUUAACCGAUCUCAAUCUGGUGGAGGCAGUCAUUCACAUUAUCGACUGCACCCCUUGAACAGCAUACAUUUCCGACAUCAGGUUUACCUUGAUGAUUGAUUUGAUAUACUUGUACACAUAUAUACAGUACAUAUAUGUAAGGUGUUUAUACACACCUUAACAGUACUUUGGUCAGGAUAUUUAUUCUGGCCAUGCACAGAAAGGCUGGAGAAACAUCUGAUUCAAGAGAUGCAUAAAUGGGGGUGUACAACUUCUGUUGAAUACAUCAGUGGUCAUGUAAUCAACGUGGUCAGUAUGUAAAUACCGUACCUCAGCAAGCUAAGAUGUGCAUGUAAACGUGACUUGGGCCAUUCAUUGAGAUCCUCAUUGCAGUUCUAUUGACUGCACAGUGAAUGUGCAAUAUUCCAAACUAUCACAUUGCACUCGUCGCCGUUACAAAGUCGGACAUUGAUAUAUGAAUUUUCCCAGAAGAUGUUGUCUUUUGAGAGUUGCUAUAAUACAGCCAAAACCAAAUCUUCCAAAAGAUAUUAAGUUAUAUACCCUCAUCUACCAGACAAGUAGAAUGUCAAAUUAUAUCCAUGUCGUCAGAGUGCAAAGUCUAAAGAAUAGUAGCCUAUAAGUUAGUUUAUUUUUCCAAGAACCUAUUUUUUUCGUUUCACUUCUCAAACGUGGACACAAACAUAAAGUUUUAUCAUUAAAUUCAAAUAUGUAUAUUUUGUAUGUCACCUAGAACAUUAUUUAUGAAGUCCUUUCAAAUACUAACACAUAGCUGAUAUCUGAACCAUGUCUUAUGCUAACUGAAUUCCUAGAUUUGCUUUUCUCUUUUCCCGUUGUGACGAUCAUAGUACAUUUAAUGUUGGACUCAUUGGAGUGUCCCAUCUUUCCUCUCGUAACUUAAUUCAUAAAACAUUUGUGUUUACCUCGAUAACUAAUCCUACGUUCCAACGGCCGGGGUGUAUUUAUGAAUACUCUUUAGAAAGUCACUGGGUUCGAUCCCCAUGUUCACAGACUUCCUGUAGAUUCUAACCUCGACCUGCUCCUUAAUGACGUGUAUCGUUGUGAUAUACGUUGUGAAUUGCUAUGGAUUACAAAACCUCUGCUUGAUGACUUAUAGGAGUUACACACAGCAUUUGUUCAGUGGGUUUCCAGUGAGGAGCAAUCCCCUGUUUUUUUUUAAUGUAUUCCAUGCCAACACAGCCGGUGUUGGGAAGCCCGGUUUUCCAAACACGAUUGUCUUGGAAGGUCAUGGGAGAGUUUGGUGUAAAAAAAAAGUGAUUUUAUCGUUUCGUUUUACUUUGAUGUUUGUUAUUCAACAAGUCAAUAACCCAACUUGACAGAAUCCUUUUUGUAUUGUAAAAAAUAUAAAUAUAAAUAUCACAGGUAACCUUUCUUAAUUGACAUGCAUUUUUGAAACUGGUAGUCCUUUACUUAACACACAGACAAGAAAAUAAACUACACGUUGAUAUGCAAUUGUUAUACAUACUAUAUUUGUAUAAAUAAAUCUAUGUGCUUGUGGUACAGUGAUGAAUGUGUGGACUCUUCUUUCCUUCAUCUACGUCUGAGUUAUUAAUGUGACGAUUACUACAGAACCUUGAUUGUCCUAUUCAUAUCUCACUUUAUAAUAAUGAAUCUCCUCAACAUUUUUUACCUACAAAGUUAUAAAUCUUACAGGAAAUCUUUAUUGUAAUUAAAAACAGGUUUGCUGGAGUCUAAUAGUGUCAUUUAUCAAAGGAAAACUUCUGAAUUGUUCAACCUGAAUCUAAUUUUCAGAUCAUUUUGGGUCUAGACUUGGUGGGACAAAAUAACAAACAGCCAUAAUGAGGCAUAAUGUAAAGAAACAAGUUGUAUCUCUCUGUAGGGACGACUUGGUGGGACAAAAUAACGAACAGCCAUAAUGAGGCAUAAUGUAAAGAAACGAGUUGUAUCUCUCUGUAGAGAUUUCAAUAAUGAUAGAAU